GUCAGUGUCACACUCACGGGUCAGCUGAUGUUGACGUAAUUAACGAGAAGUAAUGCAAAACAUUUAGCGUUUUAUAAACUGAAAACAGUUUAUUGUUUACCGCCAUGUGUGGCGCACACGUUUUUAUUAUCUACAAUUUUGUUAUUAAAUAAAGUGUAUUAAUUAUGACCUUAACAACAAUGUUAGUGUCCGUGGCCGAACUCUCAAAUAUUUUUUCGGUGCUCGCGGUACUACUAUGUUUCUGUGCCAUGGUUCUCUUCAUUACCAGGCCCUCAAGAAACAUGAUGGUACUUCGAGUGCACGGUGACGAUAUUGUGUUUCCGAAUAAUUUACAUCAAGUACCUCCACGUAUUCCUCAAAUGAAUAUGAUGAAAGUGCACAUACCUUUUACCUUCAAACUAUUAGAAAAAUCUAAGUCGUCCUACUCCGAAGUACAAUGCAGCAUAUCCAGUCAAGUCCAAUAUCGGAUCCAAGUAUAUUGGGGAGUCAACAUUAGAGAGCUGCAUAUCAAGUUAUGGCGUCCCUGGUCCACUCUACGAGAUGCCUGUUUAAGUGGCAAUCUAUUAACUGGUUAUUUCCAACAGCCCGGGCCGUCGUUAAGGAGGGAUCCUCACUCAGACGACAUAGUAACAUUAAGUCUACCAGCACCUCCAUUAGAAUUAGGAACGCCACCUAGACUUUGUUAUCCAUUAGUUAUAUUUCUCUUAAGACUUGACCCCGAGGAUCACGUUCAUCCAGAUGAAACUGUAUCCCUUAUAAAUGUAGUUCACAUUAAGGAUGCCGUAUGUACAUUACCUACCAGUAUUUUAGCCCAAUAUUUAAAGCAAGCAAACGGCCAAUUAUCCUGUUUAAAACAAUUAUAUUUAGCGACGGGAAAUCCCGGAGGCUACGAGGAUGGCCAAAUUCCUUUAGCCGUCGCUGAGCCAAUCAAUUCCGAUUCAAAUGGCAUACGACACACUUUACUAUGUCCUAGCAAUGAAGACUCGGCUGUGUGGAAUAGCGGCGGAGAGCAACUUUGUGUUGUUUGUCAAUACUUUCCGUUAUCAAGAGCACUUUUACCUUGCAGACACACCUGUAUCUGUGCAAGUUGCUUUGACAAAUUAGAACGAUGCCCUAUGUGCCGUGGCUCAAUAAAGAGCUACUUCUGCAUCAGAGGAGAAGAGUAUAUGCCUCUACAAGCCGCUCCGAAAUUAACUCAAACAUAUAGUCCAUUAUAUACCUGGCUUGAUAGUUGGAAUGACCGUCUAAUAGAUUUCUUAGGUUUUCAACGAUAAUACAAUAGAGAUGUUUUAUUACUAUUACUUUGUAGUUAUUUGUAAAUAUGAUAAUUAAUUUAAAACAAAUUUUUAUGAUAUUGAAUAUUGAUUAACGCGAGUUUUAUGUGUUUUAUGAAUGAGGAAUGUUGAAAAAUUGUGUAAAGUUUAGUUUUAAAUAAGCAGUUCUGUAACUGAAUGAUGUUUAUAAUUUAUCGUAAAAAAACUGUGAUAAUAUACAUUGCAUUGAAUUGUA